UGGAAACCCCAUCCCCAUCCCAUUACUUUACCUUUGACAUUAAAAUUAAUAGAUUUUUACACCCACCAACAAUUCCUCCAGUCCACAAACAGCAUUGAGCGAAUUUUGCAGCUAAAAUUUUCAAAACCCGAAAACACUACUACAUUUGAAAUAGACCAGGGACUCAGAAAAAAAGGUAGCUUUGAGAAAAAGAGAGAGAGAGAUCAGAUGGCAGCAAUAACAAGCGCAUUGAUAGCAAUAGCAGGAGUGGUACUGGGUUGGAUCGCCAUCGAGAUCGCUUGCAAGCCUUGCCUAGAACAAGGCCGCGAAGCCAUCGAUCGCUCCCUCAAUCCCGACUACGACCCAGACGACGCCGUUUCUGCCACCACCAACAUUCGCGCCCCUCUCAUCACCUCUGAAUCUGAUGAUCCUGUUGUUGUUGUUGCUUCUUCCACCACUUCCUACGAUUCUUCUGUCAAGCCCAUCUGAAUUCUCACUCUCACUCACUCACUCACUGCCCCGCUUUUUCCCUGAUCACAGUUUGUUAUGCAUUUUUUUUCCCUUGUUCUGGCGGUUCGUUCUGGGAAAACAAUGUGAAUGAUUUUUAAAUUUUAUGAUGUUUCGAAAAUCAAGGAUUUGUUUACUUUGAUUGUUGGACUGUAAAUGUUAGUUGCUCAUAAGUCAUAAGUUAGCAGACCAAAACAACUUUGUGUUAUCAAAUGUUUCUUAUGUCUCCAGUGAGAAGACAUUUUGUAGUGUUCAAAAAUUGGAGUUUGAGAUGGGUUUAGAUUUGGGCAACAUUCUUGAGCUUUAUGUUGAAAUUUGGGAUAUGGUAAUCGAUUUUGUAUUUCCU